AAUUCAAAAUUCAGUGACUGCUGGCAUGGCGGGUUGCCCAUUCACUUCCACCAUGUCCUCCUUACAGAAAGACAUCUUUAAGCCCAAAUUACCACCUCUAGAGGCUCUUCAAGAAGAUCCCGAUGCAACCAGUAAAGAGGUCAGCAACAAGAAAAGCUCGCAGCCAGCCUUUGCCUUGCCAUUGACAAGACGACAGCAGCCCGACUAUUCACCGUUAUCAUGGGAACACUAUUUUGAAACCAUGCACGAUGUGAAGGUCGACGAUAAAGUCUUUCGUUGUUAUCAGAUAGCUGGAAAAUCAAAAGAUGGAAAGGUACCUCCUUUGUUUGUUCUACAUCAUGGAGCUGGCCAUUCAGCCUUGUCAUAUGGCCUUACUGCAAAACGGAUACAAGCUAUUGCGAACCAAGAAUGUUCCAUACUGGCAUUUGAUUGUCGGGGGCACGGGUAUACUCAAACGCCAAACGAUAGCGACCUCUCUGUAUCAACUUUGAGUAAUGACAUGAGCGAGGUCAUUUUAGCGUUAUACGGAGACACGAAGCCUGAUGUUAUUGUUGUUGGUCACAGUAUGGGUGGAUCGGUUGUUGUGGACGUCGCUAAUAGACGCAGUGUUCCAAAUCUACUCGGAGUCGUGGUAUUGGAUGUGGUGGAAGGAUCGGCCAUGGAAGCAUUGUCCUCUAUGACAUCGUUUUUGAAUGAUCGGCCCAAAGAAUUUCCAUCGGUCGAGCAUGCUAUUCGAUGGGCUGUUAGUUCAGGCACGGUACACAACCUGGAAUCAGCAAGACUCUCCUUUCCCCCGCUUGUUCGAAAGAAAGAUGAGAAUGACGCAAACAGUCCUUAUAUCUGGCAUACCAAUCUUGCCGCUACGCAACAGUUUUGGCAAGGCUGGUUCCAAGACUUGUCGGAUAAGUUUCUCAAGGCUAGGGCUGCCAAAUUUCUCGUUCUCGCUGGCACAGACCGUUUGGAUAAGACGCUGAUGAUAGGAUCAAUGCAAGGAAAAUUUCAAAUGGAAAUAUUCGUGGAAUCUGGCCAUGCUAUUCAUGAAGAUCAGCCAAACCGGUUAGCGCAAUGCCUUGUUGAAUUCUGGAAACGCAACAAGCGGCUCAUUCUCCCGCCCAAAGUCCCUCUUAAACCCAACCAACAUUGAUAUUAUACCAAAGAGAGUUUCGAUAGCUUUAGAGGAAUACAAGAUUAAAUAAAAAAAAAAACGGGAAAAGAAAGUGUAAUCUGGU